AUGGCAACCACGGCGGCUUCCUCGUCCGCCUCCUCCAAAGCGAGCAGCACCAAGGCGAGCAGCAGCUUCAACCAGAUCCUUCGCAGCUUCCGCAGUGGGCGCUCCUCCUCAUCGUCUGCCACAUCCUUGGCUUCAGGGAAUGGCAUUUUACCCAGCACACCCUUGACGCCCAUCACGACAGCAUUACCCACCUCUCGCAAUUCAUUCGAUCCUGCAACUUCAGCGUCAACCGAGCCCAUGUCCCCUUACGACCUCAACAAGGUCGAAACUCCUGAAGGCGGCACAUACGAUGCGCUCUUCAAAGGCUUGCGCCGGCCGCUACCGGCCACCUCGAAAGCAAGGGACGAGGCGGUCCGACAACGUAUACCCAAACUUCGUGCUCUUGCAGCGGCGGUGGAGCGUCAAAGUGGUCCCAAACCCAUCUUCGCAGACGAUGUUCCCCUCGCCGAAGUCUUCCGUCUUUGCACAGCGUUACUGACAGCUGAGCAGCCUCAAAAGCUUCGGAUCGAGACAUGCAAUCUCCUAACCCUCUCAGUCAAGCUAGCCGACAAGCGCGCUGCCAACGCUUCUCCUGCCCUCACAGAGCUUCGAAACGGUGCUCCCGGCUCCCUAUCGUCCAAGAUCCCAGACAGCGAUCAGCCGCUUGCAGCCAUCGAUCGGGCUCUCUUCUACCGCCUCGUGCUCAGUGUGUCUGCCAGCGAAAUCGACGAUCACGAAGAUGACGACAAUACGCAAGCCAUACUCGCAGGGUUACCAGUACAGCUCCGUGCUCUCGAGGUGCUCACUAAGGACGGUCGAGACGUCGUGGGCUUCCCAGGUCUCAUCCUCACGCUGACACGUUGGCUCGACAUAGCCUGGGUCGAAGUCCAGCGUCUUCGAUCUCACCUCGAGUCUCUCAAUGACGACAACGGCAGGAUUGGGCGUACGGAAGUUAAGGGCACUACCGACGAGACGACAGUCCAGCAGACCCAAAUGGUAUCACAACUCUCUUCCGUCGAGCGAGACGUCCAAGUCUGCUUGCAGCUUCUGACCGGCAUUCUCAAGUACAGCUUUGCGAGAAUCCCCCUCUCUCAUGCCGAGAUGGUGAUUCGUAGUGCUGCAGAGCUCAUCAUUGGCGAAUCCGCCGCCAACACGCUCACGCUGCCAUGCUCCGUCGUCGCCUCGCCGCCCUUGAAGAGCACCACAUUGGUCGGUCCGCUGCGCACUUCGGCUGUGCCGACACCAGCCUCACGCCGUUCUCGCUCACGUGAUGCCCGUCCUUUGGCGGACGGCUACUCGUACUACGGGCUGGAGACCAUCACCCCAUCUCCAGGCAGUCACGAGACAUCACCGUCCGCGACACCACGCACUUCGAGCCAACCUGUCUCGAUUGAUGCCGUUACGUCACAGCUCCACGCUUCUGCCACCGCCUCCAAAGCAAAGGUGGCGGACGCUGCUCCGAUGACCCUGGCAACCCUUGUACCAAGUCGCGGAGCUGCCGCUGCCGCUGCGUUGUCCGGAGCUGCAACGGAUUCUGCCUCUCCUAGCUAUUGGGUCGGGCCCAAGCUUCACUCAGACGAGGUCCGCAGCUGUCUGAAAUUGCUCGACGCAACGCUUCGAUACGGUCAUCUGCCGAGUGGAUGCAUCGAUGUGGUCAUCAAGAUGCUCUGUCGACUGCUCGGCUAUUCGCAGAUCGAUCCUCGCUCUCCCGGCUUCAUCAAGUCAAAAACAGACGAGCACGAUCCCAAUUGGCAACAGGAGGUGUUACCCAUCCUUUCCAACAUCCUGCGCAGCCACUGCGCCAAUGCUGCUAUUCGAUCAGCGCGCAUCAUCCUUACAGGGAGCACUCAUCCCAACAAAGCUGCGCAGCUGGAAGACCCGGCCGUCUUGGUGGGUGCUGUCCAUUUCUUCCGCCUGGCCUUCGCACACGUUGCAGAACAAGAACAGCAGAAGAGUCACGGAGCCGCGCCUUCGACAUCGAACAAGGUACAGAAGGAGGACGCGCUUGCCCCCUCCUUGUCGCUUGCCCUCAUCACGCCAGCAUUACGAGCUGCGUUGAAGCGGCAAUGCGACGUGCUAGAUUUCGAGGUCCUUCUCUUGAUCAAGGAUCUGCUUCCUUCCACCUCAGUCGCAGCUGAAGCUCCGACGACAACGGAUGCCAAGCGCACAACAGCGGACAAACAGGCUACGCCGGAUCGUGUCAACGCGCAAGCCAGCCGAGCCACUCGCGACAAGCUCUUCACGCGCUCCGACUGGGAUGCCCUGCUUGACCUGACCAUCGAGGCCAAAAGGCAUCUGGAAGGCCUCAAGUUGACCGGUGCCCUCUCCACCUCUCUAUCGGCAGCCGGCAGUAUCGCUGUGUCUGGCGCAGUCUCUGGGCCGCAGUCGAGCAGACCUAGCCACACGUCACCAGUUCUCGCGAUCCUCAAGGUCCUCGACAAGCUCAGCAUUUCCCAACCGCCCAAGGCCUCGUCGGAGGCUAGGGAUCUAGAUCACAAGCGUGGGACAGGCGCUGAUGAACCAGCGGCAGCUCACUCGCCACCCUGGACGCCCAAGCUGGCGUCGUUCCUGCUCACGCUCUCGCCCAUCUUGCCCGAUGCCACCGUCUCCAAACUGGUACAAUACUACUGGACGCAGCACCUUUGCCUGCCGAGCAAUCCGGACUGGCUGCUCAACAUUCGUGCUCUUCUGCAAGCCUUUUUCUAUCGCCACGAGUCUCAGUCCAAGCCUGACGCAUCCGAGCAGAAAGCCAGGUCCGACCUGGUCUCGCUCGUCUUCGACCACGUGUACAAUGCCGUGCAGGAUCUCACCGCAGAGCGCGACCUAUUCAUGACCGACAUUGUCUUGCCGCUGGCAAACUCGACCCUCUCUUCAGAGACCGAUCCUAGGACGGAGGCACUACUGCGAUCCGUGCUGGUCCACGCAGCGGUGCUGAGUGGCUCUCAAAUUCCUGGACCUGUCGAUCCGGAUGCCGAAGCUGUCAAGAGCACCGGCAAGGCGGAAGCAGACACCGACUUCGAGGAGGUGUUUGUCGAAGUUCGAAAGAUGCUGUGCCGGCUCGCACGCUCCGCGCCUAUGCACAAGGCUGUCGCAUUCGACGUUCCAGAAGGCGAGGCCGAGCACGAGGCAUCCCGCUCAGCUCAUGACGCUUCCCACGUCGCCUCUUCCAGCGAGGUGAAAGCACGCAACGCGGCUCUCGAUCUCAUUGCCAUUUUCAACCGAAUGGCGUUCAGUACGCCAUGGAUCGCCAACUCGGUCGACCGAGACGUGGACCUGUCGAUCCGUCAGCAAUGGGAGAAGAAGACGCGCGCCGGAUGCAUCGCCAUCUUCCGUGAUCUUCUCGACCUGCUGCGAGUCAAGACUUCGUCCACCACGACCACAUCAGCAUCACCAGGCCCUGCCUGCACUCAGACUAGGCUGGUCAUCCUCGAAUGGAUGCUGCGUCUUCGAACAGAUCGCCAGCAUCGCGUGUAUCUCACCGGCGACAUUGACGACCUGAUUCGUGCCAGCGCCAUCAUCCUUGGAAAGGGCCCAGCAGAGUCUGACGAGAGCAUCGCGCUUGGACGACAAGCGAGUGCGAUGUCGCACAACAUUGAAGGAAGGUCACGAGCCGUUUCGAAGGUCGCCCCUGCCAUGGUGCGCAAUGAACGUGAGGGCCGCAAUGUCCAGCGCAACCCUGAUCCCACCACCAGGUCUCAAUCUCGUCUCCGUGAGCUAUCGCGAGACCGAGGACGACCCGAACGCAGUGCUGAGCCCACCAAGCGUUCCGCGGCGGAUCGAGACCGCAGCACCAGCCAGUCGAGGGCACCGCGUCCGGCAGCAUACGACCAUCUUUGGCGCUUGCCGCAGACCAUCUCGUUCGAGAUGCCCAGCAUCUCUCUCCGAAGCGACAUCAUCUACACCUACAUCCAUCAGCGGAACGACAUGGAGUGCUGUGCAGGCAACACGCAUCUGCACAGUGACAAGGACAACACGCCGGCACCUGUCCCGGUCUCGGAGUUCCUUGCUGUCGCGAUCGAGAUGCUUCGCUCCGAGCAGGAUUGGGAGGUGGUCUCGUACCUGCUGUGCCACCUGCCGCACCAGCUCAGCAACAAGCAUCUCUUCUGCGGACCGAAAGCUCAACUGCAAGUCUUGCUCUUGCGUAAGGAGAUCUGCCAAGGGAUCCUCGAUGAUGCGCUGCUGCCCAAAGUCAUCUUGCCGGACGAUCUCAAGAAGACCGAUGUCACCGCCGUGGUCUACGACACACUCGUCACGCUGAUCGGCUAUCGCGCGCUCUUCUCGCGAGCAGAGCAGGAUGAGAUGGUGGAUGUCUUCAUCCGUGGACUCAAAAAGUCGCACACGACGGCACGAUCCUGCAUCAAAGCAUUAUCGAUUGCCUGCUACGAGAUGCAGAAGAGCUUCACGCGCUUCUUCUCCAACAUGCUCCUCACUCUCACGGCUGUCCGCUCACACAUGACGAUGAGUGUGCACAUCCUCGAGCUCAUCGCCACGGUCGCCCAGCAUCCCGCCUGCUACGCCAACUUCACCGAGACCGACUACCGACGUGUCUUCAGUAUCGUGCUGCAGUACAUCGAGUAUCAUCAGAGUCCCGAGGCAGCAACGCGUGACGACUACCGUGCGAGCCCGGCAUCUUUCUCCCUCUCGCAGUAUGUCAUGCUGAUGGCCUUCUACAACAUCUCGCUCUGGUUCGUCAUCCUCAAGAUUGGUGAUCGACCCAAGUAUCUGCCCUACAUCUCGCGUGGUCUGCUCAAAGCAAACGAGGGGAUGGAGGCGUUGUCAGACCAGACUCAGGUGUGCUUCGAUUUCUUGGCCAGAUUCACGCAUUCCAACGCCGAUUCGAAGCCCAAGAAGUCCUUCGUCAAUCAGCUCAUCAUGGGUGCGCCGUCGGCCGGCAUGGGCAAGGGCAAGGACUCCGCUCGUCACUCAAAGACAUGGCUGAUGGGCAACGGCUUGCUCACCGUCUCGACAGCUAAGAAGGCGGGUUGGGUCGAGAUCGUCAUCCGUCGCCCGUCGGGCACUGCGACGAUGCUUUGCAAGCUCGAGAAUGUGCCGAUGGGGAUUUUGCCGGACGAAAAUGGCGAGAAGGAUCAACUUCCCGCUCUGCUCAUGAUGAAUCGGGAUCCUGACGUGAUGGCAUCACCCAUGCUGACGGCGCCGGAAGACGAAGCCGAAGAGCUGACAGACUGCGAAGCCAACACGGAUGGCGGCCAGGCCAAGAAGGCCGGCAGCAACCUUCGUCGUCGUGUGGAGGAAAGGCUAGAGAUUAGCGAUCGCUUGCGUGCUCGCCGACCGCUCGGUCCUGCUCAGUUCGGCUUGAGCCCUCGGCCGCGCUCCUCCUCCGACUCGGCGCGAAGGUCGAAGCCAACAACGCUGCUCAGCGGCGCUCUCAGCGAGGAGCAUGCUGGCAGCUCGCUCGCCAUGCGUCAGGUCAUGCAUGACCUUUUGGGCUCGGACACGGCUGCCGACACGACUGGUGCCGGCGGUGUACAAAGCGCAGUGGCCAAGGUCAAAGCCACUGCCAAGGAGCCAGAGGUCGAUCCGAGCUUCUUUGCUCUGCAGCUGUCGACCUACCCGGACAUGCUGCACGACACUGCGCCAAUUCUUCUCCCCGAUGAGCCAGCCACCGACAGGUUGAUCAAAGCCGUAGACCUGACGCCGGUGGUUGACUUCCACAAGAUCGGCGUCCUCUACGUCGGCCCUGGUCAGGAGGAGGAAGUGGACAUCCUCAGCAACCGCCAUGGCUCCCGAGCGUAUACGCGCUUCCUGCAAGGUCUCGGCCAUCUCGUCACGCUCAAAGGCCAGGAGGACGUCUACACCGGAGGCCUCGAUCGGAACAACGACGAGCACGGCAAGCACGCCUAUGUGUGGACGGACGAGAUCUGUCAGAUCGUCUACCACACAGCCACCCUCAUGCCCAACGACGAGCGCGAUCCCAUCCGACGCUCCAAAAAGGCACUCAUCGGCAACGACUUUGUGCACAUUGUCUUCAACGAGUCGGGCCGCGACUAUCGAUUCAACACGAUCGCGGGGCAGUUCAACUACGUCAAUGUGUGCAUCUCGCCCAUGACGCGCGGCGGUGUCAAUCUCGGAGCUGCCAAUCCGGAGGAUGCGGUGUUCUACCAGGUCACCCUGCAGCGCAGGCCAGGCAUGCCGGACUUCAGCCCGGUGGGCGAUGGGCAGCUGUUGAGCGCCGAAGCGCUGCCCAACUUUGUGAGAAUUUUGGCUUUGCAUAGUAACGUCGCCAGCCAGAUCUAUUUGGAUACGGGCGAGGCGAUGCAGCCGUACUCGAGCAAUUGGGUCAGCAGGCUGGGGCACAUCAGGAGGGCGAGACAGCAGCAUUUGGCCAAGAAGGCCAAGGCGGACGGCGUGGAUCCGGCUGCUGUGGCAGGAGGUGGGAUGGCGGUGGGAAGCGCCUCGAGCGAGCUGUACGAUUUCACAAAGACCUUUUGA